AUGGCGCACGGGACACUUGCAGAUAAGUUUGUUGGUGUCAUAAUGUCAGAGGCAUACGCUCGUGAGAUACUACGAAGGAAUGUUGCGCAAAUAUGUCAAACAAUUGGAUGGAAUGGAAUAAACUCGACACCUCUAGAUAUUUUAGUUCAUGUACUAGAAAAAUAUGUGUGUGCAUUGGGAUCACAAGCUAACAGAUAUGCUGAACAAUUCAACAGGACUGAACCAAAUUUACAUGAUUUAGGAUUAGUUUUUCGAGACUUGCAUGUACAGUUGCCAGAGCUAGCAGAGUACACACGCUGUGUACCACCUGUACCACCUCCAGUCAAAACUGAAAGGUUUCCAAAACCUAAAGAAUCCAACUUAAACUUUCUUAAACCCGGCAGCCAUGAAGUUGUUACUAGACCAAUGCAUGUUCAUGAACAUUUACCACCAAUGUAUCCCGAAAAGGAACGGGACACACCAGUUGUUGCAGGUACUGUUGAGAUAUGCCAGAACGGCAUUGAUGGUACUGAGAAUCUUUCUUGUGUUAGUCCUGAGAUAUCUGUUACGGAUAGUCCAGAGAAAUCAAAGGAUAUUUUCAAGAGACCAACAGACCCAGUAUCAGCACCUAACAGUAAAAGACCGAGAUUACGGCUGGAUGAAGAGGAAAGAACCCGUGAGAUAAGUAGUGUUAUGAUGACAAUGUCAGGCUUUUUAUCACCUGCCCGUGAAGGUAAACUACCUGAAGCACGUCCACCAACUAUUAUUUCAGAGAAACACCAUGAUCGACAUAAAGUUAAUUCACAUCAUAUGAAUGUUCCAAAAGUACCAUUGGUAGAUAAAGCUGAUAAAAAAUCUAAGAAAAAUAAAUUAUUAAAUGGAAAAAUAAUGAAAAGUAAAAGAAAAGACAAAAGUCAUAAAGGAGAAAGUAGUAAGUCUAAAGAUAGUAGUAAAAUGGACAGGUACCCACCUGGAUAUCCAAUUCAUAAAAAAGAUGUGCAUCCAGCACACCAUAAUCAUGUGACCAUGCCAGCGCCAAAGGUUUUAACACCACCUAAGCCAGUGCCACCUCCAAAACCAGCACCAAUGCCACCCCCAUCAGUAACAUCUGUUCCAGCAAUAAUUGAACCAAUUAGACCUGUUAUCAAGCAGGAACCCAUGGACUUCCCACCAUCUCCAUCUAUUUCAAGGACUAUUACACCAGCAGAAGAUGCUAUACCUGUACCCAGAAGGAUACCCAUAUCUAAAUCUCCUCUUGUGGCCAAUCCACUACAUUUAAAUAAACAUAUUGGAAAUCCACAAGCAUUAGACAGAGAAAUUAAGAAGGAAGUAGUUGACGAAGAAGAAAAGCUGGCGUCUCAGCCGGAUAGAUCAAAAAUAAAUAUAUUUAAAAGAAUAUCGAACAAAUCUAAAGAAGACAGAAAUAAUUCAGAGGUUGUAGCUGAUAGAUUACAUCCUGAUCCUAUGAUCUCAAGGUUGCAAAAUUCCGGCCACACAAAUUCAAAGUCAAAGUCUGAUGACAAUAUUGUGAACAAUAAUAAUAGUAGUCCAGUAGAUUUGUCAAAAGAAUUCGACAUAAGAGCUCAUGAAGUUAUAAGCAUUGAUGAUGACUCCUUGGACAAUAACAUGCCUAUGCCACAGACAAAGAUGGUUCUCUUAGAUUCGAGACCACCUGGCCUUUCAAUAAAUAAAUCAUUACAAGCACCACUUCCCAAAGACAUAGUAAAUAUGCCUAAAAUAAAGAAAGAAAAGAAGCACAAGGACAAGAAAGACAAAGCAGCAAAAUUGGAGGCCAAACUGAAAAAACAACAACAGCAGUUAGCUUUUGAAAUGGUGCAGAUGGCAGAGAAAAAGAACUUGAAACUGCCAAAUGAAAAGUCUCCUAAACUAGGAAGGCCAAAGAAAGAACCGAAAAUGCAACAAAUGCCACCAGGAUUUCCAUUCUUUCCUCCUGGCCAAGGAUUGAUGCCAGGUCCUGGACUGAUACCUAACACAGGCCUCUUACCUGGAAGUGACUUCCUAGCUGGGUUAGCUAAUAAUCCAGCAUUACGUGGUUUACAUUCGCAGAAUAUGAUGUGCAAUCCUUUUGCUUUAGGUGGUGGACCAGGAUUAAUACCAGGGCCAAGUUUUUUACCAGGCUUACCUAAUCAUUUAAUGCCAAACAUGAGUAAUUAUCCACAUACAUCAAGAUCGUCUUCAGUAAAGAUUCCUCCAAUGCUUAGACGCCCUAGCUUAGAAGUAAUACCAGUUGACAAUGAUGAGGACAGAAUGAUGCAUAAAUCCCCGAAUGUGAGCCGCGAAAAAGAUAGACAUGACAAGCACAAAUCGCCAACCAUUCCAAAUAUUUUACAAAAACCAAAAACAAAAACGAGUAAAGAACAAAAGGCGAACCUAUACAAAAUGCCGCCAGUGCAGCCUGACAUAACAAUAGAAUUAAAUCCACCAAAGUCAGAACCAGUUAGACAAGAAGCACUAAGAGAACCAUCGGUGCCAACAUCUGUCAGGCCGUGCCCACCUACACCUGAACCACCAAUGUCAGCCAGAAAUCACGACCCCCAACAUGAUACGCAGCCAGUUACUAUUACACCUGAACCCGUCGAAGUAAAAGAGGAAGCCGAAUGUUCAGAGAAGAAGAAAGACAAAUCUCAUAAAAAAGAGAAAAGGGAUAAGGACGGAAUUAAGAUUAAAAAGAAAAAAGAUAAAAAAGAUAAAAAUAAGGAUAAGUCUGAAAAGAAAAAAGAUAAGGAAGAGAGGCAAGAGAUCAAAGAUAGAAUUAAGAAGGAAAAGAAAGAGAAAAAGAAAGAAAAGUCUGUCACUGAUGGUUUAGUACCAAAAUUAACUCUUAAGUUGGGAUCCUCAAAUUCCAACUCUCCUAUGCCUCCAAGCUCACCAGAGACCUUUAAAUUGAAUAUAAAGCCUAUUAAGCGAGAGGACGACUCACCGAGUAAAGAUGAGUCGAUAUCUCGAGAGCAUAGUAGAUCUCCGGAGCUGGCUCAAAUAUCAGCCUUGGUCACGAGACCUCCAAAACAGAAAAGUUCAAAGCAUAAUCACGUCCCAGAAUCUGAAGCACAGCCUUCAUCGUCUCCUCCGCCUUCUCCACAACGAAAGAAUAGGCCUCCAUCGAGUCAUUCUAAGUACAAGAGAAUAUUGUUCAAGCCUCUCUCAAAGAAGGGGCACGUUGACGACUUCGACGAGGAAGCCGGCUCAGUAGCGGAAGAUGCUGCGCCACACCCCACGGCAGAUAAGCCCAGCGGACCGUUACCUACACCAUAUUAUGUCGACGAACACGGAAAUAAGAUUUGGGUAUGUCCAGCGUGCGGCAGACCCGAUAAUGGGUCACCUAUGAUCGGUUGUGAUGGUUGCGAUGGCUGGUACCACUGGAUUUGCGUAGGCAUCACGGAGGAGCCCGGCGCGACGGAGGACUGGUUCUGCAAGUCAUGUCUAGCGAAACGAACGGCCAUGAUGCUGGCGGGCGUCACGUCAGGGAAAAAACGGGGGAGGAAGCCGAAAGGGGAAAAAGUGAGAGACUGUCAUUGA